CUCUUUCCGUUCAUUUCCCGCGAAGGCGCUUCUUUCUUGUCAUCUUUUGUCUGAUCGUGGAGCGUUGCAUCCGAUAUGGGGAAGAAGCGGCACAUGGAUUGGACCUCCGGCUCCAUCAUGAGCGCCGGCAGCGAGAGAGUCUCGCUCCUCAACAAAAACGCUAAAAAGAAGGCAAAUGAAGACCAGGCGGCUGAGGGUCCUGUGUCAGACCUUGAGCUCGGGGAUGCAGUAGAGGCAGCUAAUGUUGGAUUCUUUCGGGUAUUUUCACUUGCAAAACCCGAGGCAGGAAAGCUGAUUAUUGGCACCAUUGCCCUACUGAUAGCAUCAACUUCGAGCGUUCUCAUUCCCAGAUUUGGAGGCAUGAUAAUAGACAUUGUGUCCAGAGAGAUUAAGAGCCCAGAAGAUCAAGUUGAGGCCUUAAAUGCUGUCAAGAACACUAUAUUAGAAAUAGUGCUCAUAGUUGUAAUCGGAGCUCUCUGCACUGCUCUUCGAACGUGGUUGUUCACUUCAGCUAGUGAAAGGGUGGUGGCUCGUUUAAGAAAAGAUUUGUUCAGUCACCUUAUCAAUCAGGAAAUAGCCUUUUUUGAUGUCACCCGGACAGGAGAACUCUUGAGCAGGCUAUCAGAAGAUACCCAAGUCAUAAAAAAUGCUGCGACAAACAAUCUUUCAGAGGCACUCAGGAACUUAACAACCGCAUUAAUUGGUAUUUCCUUCAUGUUCACGUCAUCAUGGAAGUUGGCAUUGCUGGCACUAGCAGUAGUUCCAGUCAUCUCAGUUGCUGUACGUAAAUUUGGGCGCUAUCUUCGUGAACUUUCACAUGCAACUCAAGCUGCCGCUGCAGUUGCUUCAUCAAUUGCUGAGGAAUCAUUUGGAGCCAUUCGGACAGUGAGAUCCUUUGCUCAAGAAAGUUAUGCAACUUCAUAUUAUGCAGAAAAAGUAGAUGAAACAUUAAAACUUGGGCUCAAACAAGCUAGAUUAAUUGGUCUAUUUUUCGGAGGUCUAAAUGCAGCAUCAACCUUAUCCGUCAUCAUUGUGGUCGUAUAUGGAGCAUACUUGACAAUAACGGGCACUAUGACUGCAGGCUCACUUACAUCCUUCAUCCUUUACAGCUUGACAGUUGGAUCCUCAGUCUCCUCUUUAUCGGGACUAUACACGACCGCCAUGAAAGCUGCAGGUGCAAGUAGGAGAGUCUUUCAGCUCCUGGAUCGUGUUUCAACCAUGCCAAAAUCAGGAGAUAAAUGCCCUAUUGGAAAUCCAGACGGAGAUGUGGAAUUAGAUGAUGUUUGGUUUGCUUAUCCGUCUCGUCCAAGUCAUAUGGUACUCAAGGGAAUAACUUUGAAAAUGAGACCAGGCUCCAAAGUAGCACUUGUCGGUCCAAGUGGUGGCGGAAAAACUACUAUAGCAAACCUGAUAGAACGAUUUUAUGAUCCUCUGAAAGGGAAGGUUAUGCUUAAUGGGAUUCCCCUUGUCGAAAUAUCACAUGAAUACCUCCACAGAAAGGUCAGUAUAGUAAGCCAGGAGCCUGUUCUUUUCAAUUGUUCGAUAGAAGAAAACAUCGCCUAUGGGUUAAAUGGGAGAGCUAGCUUUUCUGACAUCGAGAAUGCAGCAAAAAUGGCCAAUGCCCAUGAUUUCAUAGAAAGUUUCCCCGACAAGUACAAAACCGUGGUAGGAGAACGCGGACUGAGGUUGUCGGGAGGCCAGAAGCAGAGGGUAGCUAUCGCGAGAGCGCUAUUGAUGGAUCCGAGAGUCUUGCUGUUGGACGAAGCCACGAGCGCUCUGGAUGCUGAGAGCGAGUUCCUUGUUCAGGAUGCCAUGGAUUCUCUAAUGAGGGGAAGGACGGUACUCGUCAUAGCUCACAGGCUUUCGACGGUGAAGAGUGCGGAUAGUGUGGCAGUGAUAUCUGAUGGGCAGAUAGCCGAAAGCGGCACUCAUGAAGAGCUUCUUCGCCAGGAUGGUAUCUAUUCCGCCCUCGUAAGACGACAACUACAGGAAGGUCCCAGAACCGAAGUUUAGUGUGCUCUUUUUGUGUUAUCCAUGUAAGAGGUCCUCUUCUUUAUGAAUCGCCCUCUGUUCUGAGUUCCCUAAUGUUACUUGAUCCGAUGUGAUCAACUGGGAAUCACAGGAUCCCAAUUCCUGCUGUCAAAACGCCUCUUGGGCAACAAAUCACUUGCGUUGAAACUACUUCUUGAUGUGAUUAGGAGGUUCAACAGCUAAGUUUUAUCUGGAAAUGUAUCCGACUUACUGAGAGCACUUCUUUGUUUUUAAUCUAGAAAGUUACCCGCUUUCGGGAGGAACAA